AUGUUGAGGAAAUCAACGCUCCUCUGCUCAUGCGGCGGCCUCCAGACUCUCAGCCCGCACUCCCCGCUUGUCCGCCCCGAACAGCCGACGUACAGGCGUCAGUCGAGGCGUUUUGCUCAUGUACACGGGCCAGCCUCUGAUGGCGUUAAAGAGCCCGAAGACGACCUGUCAUGGCCAAUAUCCCCUUCCUUUACCCCUUACGACUUGCUCCGGCUGGAACGGAAUGCACCCUACUCGAAAAAGCGGUUCUACCAACUCGUCAAGAUCUACCAUCCGGACGGAGGCUGUAACGGCCACCCCCUCUGCAAAGAUCUCCCGGAGUCAGUCAGACUACAGCGCUACCGGCUGCUGGUAGCUGCUCAUGAAUUGCUGUCGAACCCUACGAAGAGAAGCGAGUAUGACAAGUUUGGCCGGGGUUGGUUCCAGAGGGAAGAGCUAUUUGGUACCCAGGGGCCGGCAGCAAAGAGUGCUAUGGACGCAUAUUAUUCCAGACGGAGACAGGUAGAUCCUACCAUCUUCAGGAACGCAAGCUGGGAGGACUGGGAGCGAUACCAUGGUCAGGGCAACGGGAAGUACCAGAAGCAGCAGCAGUCCACGGGCGCUUCGCACGAGACGUUUGCCUCGCUCUUUGUCCUGUUGGCCAUAUUCGGAGGGGUGGCCCAGGCUGUGAGUAUAGGAAAAUAUUCCAGCUUCGUUGACGAACGGGUUAAGCAGGUUAACCGGGAGUGUAGCCGCUUUCUGGAGGGACGAAGGCACCAGACUGUCACUGAACUGGAGUCUGUGGACGAAAGGGUGCAGCAUUUCCUAAAGAGACGAGAUCCGUCUGGCUACGGGUUGAAAGAGGAGGAGGAAGAGACGUAUCGAAGACACCUGGGAGGCUCAAGCCAUAAUAUCGAGCCGUACCAUGGGGAUCGUUGA